GAGGGGGUUGGGGGGUGGGAUAGAAAAUUAAAUAUCGACAUCGCGUGAAAAGAAUUAUUCCAAGUUUCCAACUUCCUUUUCAAGGAACUGCUUGCCGUAAACGACGACGGGGCCGGACAAACGUUGCCGGUUAUUUGCGGUUCCGUACAUUGCCUCCCAUUCAGAUUCUUCAUCGUCUUGAUCACUAUUAAAAUCAGUUCUCUCUGACUCACAAUUCGUUUACUCACACAGGUAUUUCUAUAUCCGCUGAUUACCUUUCCAUUCGAUUCGAUUCGGUCCCUUCUCUCAUUCCGUCACGAUCAUGUAUUGGGCUGACCAGCUUAUGGAAGAUCCAUUAAAAAGUUUAUUAACCUAAUCCUAUGUUUGCUAUGCUAUUAUCCUUUGAUGUUUCACAGCCGAUGGCUUCUUCUGCAGACUCAUGGAUGAAGGAAUAUAAUGAAGCCUUAAAACUUGCUGAUGAUAUCAAUGGCAUGAUUUCUGAAAGGAGUUCAUUUCCGGCAUCAGGUCCAGAUGCUCAGCGCUACGCAUCUGCUAUGCGGAGGAAGAUCACAAUAUUAGGGACGAGACUUGAUAGCUUACAGUCCCUUUUGUUGAAGCUCCCUGGAAAACAUCCAGUGUCGGAGAAGGAGAUGAAUCGUCGCAAGGACAUGCUUGCAAAUCUGAGAUCAAAAGUUAACCAGAUGGCUUCGGCAUUAAACAUGUCAAACUUUGCAAACAGGGACAGCUUGCUUGGCCCAGAAAUAAAGCCAGCUGAUGUCACAACCAGAGCAGCUGGUUUGGAAAACUCUGGUGUUGUUGUUCAACGACAAAUUAUGAAAGAGCAAGAUGAGGGUCUUGGGAAGUUGGAGGAGACUGUCGUAAGUACAAAACAUAUUGCAUUGGCAGUCAAUGAAGAACUUGAGCUACACACUAGGCUGAUUGAUGACUUGGAUGAACGUGUGGACAUUACGGACAGCAGGUUACGGCGGGUGCAGAAGCAUUUGGCGAUUUUGAAUAAGCGCACUAAGGGUGGUUGCUCUUGCAUGGGUUUGCUCUUAUCAGUUAUCGGGAUCGUGGUUCUAGUUGCUGUCAUAUGGUUGUUGAUAAAAUAUUUGUAAUUGCAACAAUGGCAAACCCCACCAUCUGUGUGUGCCUGUAUCUUUGUGUGAAUGGAGCUUUCUUGUUUCCCAUCAUGUUAUAACAAUAUAUGUGGGUUUCUUGUCUUCUUUGGGUGCUUUGUUUGUGUUACCAAAUUUCUGAGGUGAUGAGAUACUUUGUAAAUUGCACUUGUUGAUCGGCAUAUUUAAAUAUCUAUAUUUUCUUCCA